GGCGGAGCAGGGUCGCGAUCUUAAUUUUUUAUAUAUCAGUAAUAUACAGCAUAUUGUCGCAAUAAGACUGAAUUUAGAAUUUCAGUUCCACAUUUGAUGUGAGCCACACCCCGAGUUUGACGUUCACCAUUUCCUGUUGCUGAUUCCGGUCAGCUCGAUCUCCGUCAGUCGGUGUCCCGGUCCUGGAGGGUUGAGGAUCCCGGCGUGUUCGAGGUACCGGUCGGAGGAACCUGAGACUCUGGAAACGUCCCUCAAUCCACCGGGAGUUUCGGCUCCUGCUCGGCACUCGGACAUGUUGUUACUCCUUCUCCAGUUCGUGCUCGUUGUGGUGAACGCGGAAGAUAAAGGUAAACAAAAGGUUGGUGUCCUUGGCUCAUCAGUUUUACUGGAUCCUGAACUCAAAGUUGAUCCCAGCAAGAGUGAAAAAGUUUGGACCUUCAACGGCAGGAGCAUUUUGCUUCAUGUCCCAGGUCACAGCUCAGUGGAACCGAGUGACCAGUUCAAGUUUCGUCUGCACUUUAAUACCUCUAAUGGUGCUCUGACUGUGAAUGGAGCAGAACGUGGUGACCAAGGAAAUUACACCUUCAUUGUGGGUGGACAAGAGCUGAGAAUAAUACAACUACGCCUCUUUGAUAAGCUGUCAAAAGCUUCCAUAUCUACCAAUAUCAAAUCACUGGGUUUCACGGUCGAGCUCACCUGUGAUGUCUUUGGAGAUCCGUAUGUGUAUCAGUGGCAAAAGAAUGGAGGGGAAAUCUCCCAGCGUCACCAACUAACAGAUGGAAACAGAACACUUGUUAUCUCAGGCUCUUCAUGCGAAGACCGUGGAGUGUACACCUGCAUCACAACCAAUCCUGCCAGCUCCAUCCAGACAAACUACACCUUAAUGUUGCGAGGGUUUUCCCUCAAUGGUGUUAUACUGAUUGCUGUAUUGACUGCAGGACAGGUGAUUUCUGCAGCAUCUCUUCAGUCAGCCGUGUUACCAGACCAGAGGAGGUGGAAAACCCUCGGAGGAUGUCUGGGAUACAGAUUUUAUUUUCUAAUCCUGUGGAUCUGUAAUACUUUGUCACUUAUCGCCAUGUACAUUGUGUUCGUGUAUUGGUCUGUGGUUGGAGGCAUUUCACAAUUGGACUUGGUUGUGAUUUGUGUGAUGAUCAUAGGAUUGCAGCUUUCUUCACUUUAUAUCAAUGCACUUCCGUAUGUGAGCAAGAUCUGGGAACUACUGGAAGGUUCACAUACAUUCAGAAUUUUGUCGAGGAAUAUAUCCGUCUUUUAUACUAUCCUCAAGGAUUGUGUCAUCGUUGCCUGGAUCAUCAACAUUACGAGUUUUGGCCUUCCCACUGUGGGAAUUGUCAGCUUCGUCUUGUCAUUCGUACUGCCAAUUGCGUUCAUUUUAAUUCCAGAAUGCUUGGUGUUAAAGAAGGAAUUGGACAAAGAUAGAGUUAAAGAAGAGGUUGGUCUCGUUGGCUCAUCAGUUUUACUGGAUCCGGAACUCAAAGUUGAUCCCAGCAAGAGUGAAAUAGUUUGGACCUUCAACGGCAGGAGCAUUUUGCAUCAUGUCCCAGGUCGCAGCUUAGUGGAACUGAGUGACCAGUUCAAGUUUCGUCUGCACUUUGAUACUGCUAAUGCUGCUCUAACUGUGAAUGGAGCAGAACAUGGUGACCAAGGAGUUUACACCUUCAUUGUGGAUGGACAAGAGCUGAGAAUAAUACAACUACGCCUCUUUGAUAAAGUUAAACAAGAGGUUGGUGUCCUUGGCUCAUCAGUUUUACUGGAUCCUGAACUCAAAGUUGAUCCCAGCAAGAGUGAAAUAAGUUGGACCUUCAACGGCAGGAGCAUUUUGAAUCAUGUCCCAGGUCACAGCUUAGUGGAACAGAGUGACCAGUUCAAGAUUCGCCUGCACUUUAAUACUUCUAAUGGUGCUCUGACUGUGAAUGGAUCGGAACGUGGUGACCAAGGAGAUUACACCUUCAUUGUGGACAGACAAGAGCUGAGAAUAAUACAACUACGCCUCUUUGAUAGAGUUAAAGAAGAGGUUGGUCUCGUUGGCUCAUCAGUUUUACUGGAUCCGGAACUCAAAGUUGAUCCCAGCAAGAGUGAAAUAAGUUGGACCUUCAACGGCAAGCGCAUUUUACAUCAUGUCCCAGGUUGCAGCUUAGUGGAACAGAGUGAGCAGUUCAAGUUUCGUCUGCACUUUAAUACUUCUAAUGGUGCUCUGACUGUGAAUGGAGCAGGACAUGGUGACCAAGGAAAUUACAGCUUCAUGGUGGAUGGACAAGAGCUGAGAAUAAUACAACUACGCCUCUUUGAUAAAGUUAAACAAGAGGUUGGUGUCCCUGGCUGUUCAGUUUUACUGGAUCCGGAACUCAAAGUUGAUCCCAGCAAGAGUGAAAUAAUUUGGACCUUCAACGGCAGGAGCAUUUUGCAUCAUGUCCCAGGUCACAGCUUAGUGGAACUGAGUGACCAGUUCAAGUUUCGUCUGCACUUUAAUACUUCUAAUGGUGCUGUGACUGUGAAUGGAACAGAACGUGGUGAUCCUGGAGUUUACACCUUCAUUGUGGAUGGACAAGAGCGGAGAGUAAUACAACUACACCUCAUUGGUGAUUCCAUCAAGGACGUUUUAAUUGAUGGCUUAUGGACAGUUCUCCUGAUUUUUCCAGUCAUAGGUGUUAUAUGUUUGUCACACUUGAUCUGGAAGUAUCCUCAAAAAGUGUUUCUGUUCCUCGGAGGUUACCUUAAUCUGAUAUUCUUACUUGGCAUUUCUGUCAGCAAUUUGACUCCAGGUUUUUACAGCAAGGACACUGUCACAAUUGCUGUGUCAAUCACAAUGGUGGUGUUGCUUGUAGUGGUUUUUAUUUCAUUGCUGAUUCUUUGGUGGAAAGCACGUCGGUAUUACAACGGUGAUAGAUUUCAAAGACAGAUAUCGGUCUAUAAUGUUGGAUUUCUCCUUGUCAUCGUCAUUGCUACAAUUUCCUGGAUGGUGUUUAAAGGCCUCAGACCAGAGGAUGUAGGAGUUGUCAUUACAUUGAUGGUGGGACUAGUGUUUCCUGCAGCAUAUGCUAUUAUAUUCAUGUGCUGGUCAAGGAAAGAAUACCCAGACGACAAGCGGUGGUGGUGGUGCCUGAAUAUUUGUAACAUUGUGGCUCUUGUCUUCAUCCUCAUUGCCUUCAUUUGCUGGAUUGUGUCUGAAGAUCAAAGCUGCAAGACCAACAUUCCAAUCUGGAUCCUGUUAGCUCUAUUCGGGGUCACAGUUGUGAUAGCGUUGUCCAGAUUCUUUCCAGUUUGCAGCAGAAACAAAGGAACUAAUGAGAACAAUCGUGCUGAUAAAAAACAGGAUUGUGGAGAAGUGCAGGAAUUACAAACUCUCAGCCCAGGUCAUGAAGCUGAACCUGAAAAUCAUGCGGUCUGUUAGAAGGGACACGGCAGCCUUCAGUUCCAGAGGUGACUGUGAGGGCAGGUUCUGUGUCCCUGCUGUAGACUGGAGCCUGGAAAAUCCUUCCCUCCGACAGUGGGAACAUGGUGCUCUGCAGCUGUAACUUGUCUCACCCUGAGUGAGAACAACACUGCACUCAUUUCAGCUCUCAGCUUCUGGUGAGAAAUUCAAUCCUUGAUGACCUGGCAAAAUUCUCAUUGGCACCGGAAUCAUUUUAAGGAACCAUGUAAGAGGAGCCCAGAGGGGCUCGGUCCACAAGACCUUAUGGGUUUGUCUCUGAUUUAGAUCUCCAGAAGGUGCAAUAACUACAUAAUAUGUGCUUCAGAAGACAGUCCUGACUGCAAUCUGGGACAUCAAAUGCAGCUCCCACACACAGCUGAACUGCUUUGCCUGAUGAAGACAACCACAAUCAGGUUUAUUGUCACUGUGUUAUGAGAUGAAAUUUGUUGUUUUGUGACAAGAUCACUGCCUCUCAGAUUCCUCGCCUCGGGAUCAUUCAUUGCUGAUCUCUACCACCUCUCACACUUUACUCCUUGCUGCUGCCUGGCUGGAGCCCUGGAGGGUCACCAAGGCCCCUUGUACAACAAGCACCUCUUGUGGUUAAUGUUCCCCUCCAGAAUGACAAGGUCUCUCUGAGUCCCUCUCCUUUCCCAUCAUUUCCAAUCUGAUUGUGAAGCAGCAGCACUUCCUAUUGCUUGUAUUUGUUUGUGCCAUCGAGGCUGACUUCCCCUGUCGUAGCAGAGAGGUGAAGUGCUGGCAGCUGAGAGAGAUCAAACUGAACAUCCCGAUGUCACCAUUUUCACUCUCGGCCAUGGCAUUGCUCUUCCAUCACGUCAGUGUUCAGGAGUUACCCUUUGUACCCUCGCAGGAGUCAGUUGGAACUGGAGUUCCUGGAAUCUGUGCAAUGAAAUCACCCGGCUACAGUUUCAGGACAAUAAUCCCCAUUCAUACACGGAUCGUUAACCCUGAGUAUAAUAAUGAGGCCGGCAUCAUCCAACUCGGAGUGACACAUCAGUGAUGAGCAUUUUCUUCAUCAAUCUACAAACAUCCAACUAUUACUCCUGAGCCAUCCUGAGAAGGGUCACAGAGUCACACAGCACAGAAACAGGCCCUUCGGCCCACCAAGUCCAUGCUGACCUUGUUACCCCUCUCCACUGAUCCCAUUUGCAAUCAUUGUGGGAUCUGCAUCAAAUUUGUCAUUUUCCUGCCCAGAUGGUCUGCUGUUAGUUAAACUGAGGACAGUGUGUAGACUCCACCCCACCUUUGUGUUGUUAUAUCAGACUAAACCAGUGAAUCUAAGCCCAUUUUGUACAAGUAUUAAAACUGCUCUGGCUGUUACACUGAUGCUGUCAUCAGAAAUCCCAUAAAGAUUGUGAUUUUCCCCAGUACCAAUACCAGUUACAGCAUUUCCUCACAAAGUCCCUCCCAUUUCUGUACAGUGAGCAGUGAAACUGCAGUAAAACUCUGAGUUUGAAUGUUGUAUUGGAGGGUGAUUUUGGAAUAUUUUAAUUCUAUACUCUUAUGUACAUGUGUACGUUUGUAUUUUAAACAUGUUGCCUGAUGCUUCUUUCUGUGCCAUUACUGAUUAAAUAAACCACUUCUGUUUUGC